UCCUUCCAGACCCAAAUCCAAUCAUUGCUAUCCCCUCUUCAGUCUAUCAUGAAUGCUGCUGCCAGACUCAUCCACCUUACUAACCGUUCCGUAUCUGCCAUCCCUCUCUGCCAAUCCCUCCACUGGCCUCCACUCAGUGUCCUCCAUCCCUCUCUGCCAAUCCCUCCACUGGCCUCCACUCAGUGUCCUCCACCCCUCUCUGCCAAUCCCUCCACCGGCCUCCACUCAGUGUCCUCCAUCCCUCUCUGCCAAUCCCUCCACUGACCUCCACUCAGUGUCCUCCACCCCUCUCUGCCAAUCCCUCCACUGGCCUCCACUCAGUGUCCUCCAUCCCUCUCUGCCAAUCCCUCCACUGGCCUCCAUU